AAGAAUACUCAAUUGAUUGGAUAUACUCUUCUUCACAAGAGAAAGUUUUUUUAAAAAGAUAUUUAAAUACGGUUUCCAGUUACAUCAAUUGUUUAUCUCGCAAAGCGUUCAAGAGCUUCUAAAUGUUCGUAAUCACGAUUCAGUUUAUCAACGUAUUUGCCUUAUGGUCCAACGACAUCAAUUCUGUCUAAACAUAACAAAUAGUAUUCAAGCAAUGGCCAAUCCAAUUUAUUUAAGUGUUAUGUUUAGUUUAAUGGUGUGCAGUAGUGUUGCAGGUUGCAUGAUGGUCAUCCACUUCAAUAAUGAUACAAAUUUUGCAAUCAUGAUGGCAUUUGUUUACGUUAUGACUUUUGAAUUUACAUUUGGAGUAUGCAUUUUAUCCCAAAAAUUGUAUGAUUGCAACUACAAUAUUUUUAUUUCGUGUUAUGAUUGUGGCUGGUACAGACUUGCCCCGAAAAUGAGGAAAAAUUUACAACUUAUGAUGUCUAUAUCUAUGGAACCUUCUGGUAUAAAGUGUGGACCAUCUCUUCCAUUCAAUUUCGAAACUUAUGGAAAUAUCGUGCGUUUAUCUGCAUCGUAUCUAACUGCAUUAAUAUCAAUUCUUACACUGGAAUAAAAUAAGGCAAAUGAAAUUUUAC